AUGAAAAUCCAACUCCGCAUCAUCACCUCCUGGCCCGAAAAAGUCCCUCCCCCACAAACUUCCCCCCUCGCGGCCGCCCGCCUCGCAGUCUUAGACUUCUGCCAAGAGCUCCGCGACACCAAGACCAGGCACUUCGCCUUCCGAGCCCAGAUCCAAGAACGUCUAAACCACGAUAUAUCAUUCCACCACUUCUGUGCCGUUGAGAAGCUGUGUAGCGAGGAUGUGCUUUGCCAGAUGCAUGACAAUAACGUGACCCGGUUUAGGAACUUUGCUGAGAUGCGGCGGAUGUGGGGCUUUCGGGAGAAGACGCUCUUGGAGAGGUUGUUUGAGCUUGAGAGGACUGUGUGGAGAUUGGAGAUUCAGGGUUUGCAUAUGACGGACUAG